GUCCUUUGUAAAUUUCUCCAAAGAACAAAACGCUCACCUCUCUUAUCCUCACGCUGUCCCAAGUCUCCGACCACUCCAAUCCGGAGACCCAAGUGCCAACUAUGUCACUCUCCUCCAUCCCCAAGAUGACCGGCGCCGGCUGCGUGUUCGCUGCCCUUGCGCCUCACUACCAUUCCCUCCCCGUUUGUUACCUCUCUCUUCCGCUUCGCGCCUCGCGCUCUGCCACGCACGUCGCGCGUGCGAGGAAGGGCUUGUCGCGUUCUCGCCGUCUCGACAACCGGAACAAGAAGGACGAUGGCGGAGGCGUCGCCACGGAGAAAGAGGAUAAGAUUUCUGGAGAUGGGGCUCCUUACCUGGAGCGUCCCGGCGCCGGUACUGAAGGGAUCGAGGGAUUCGAGCUUUCGACCACGCCGAUGCCGGUGCUGCCGGGGGAGGAGCAGGACUUCUGGGAGGGAUCGCAGUGGAACGCCUUCGGAUUUUUCAUCCAAUACCUAUGGGCCUUCGGCGUCGGCUUCGCUCUGAUUGCUUGUGGUAUUGCUGUUACCACAUACAAUGAAGGCGCGACUGAUUUUAGGCAAACAACUGUCUACAAGGAGUCAGUUCAGACUAAGGAGCUAUUAGAAGAAUCAGAGGCAUCAAAUGCUGAUGUGUUUGAAGCUAAUCCAACUGAGGUAGCACCAAGCUUGGAGUAGCCCAGUGGUGAAAUAUACUAGCACUUGAAUGCAGGCUACAAAUGCUUUUAGGAAUUGCAAGGAACUAUCAAGUGUUUUGCCACAAUUAAGAGAAUUUUUCUCACUUGUAUCUUGCACUUUCAUGUCUGUUCUUGCAAAUGUAUGUUAGUGUAUCUACAAAACCAGACAAUGGAAUUAAUUAAACAGGAAAUAUUCCUCAAAUAAAGAAUAUUUUUUCUUGUUC